CCUUGGCCAAAUGAAUUUGUGGUUUGAAAAGUGGGAAGGGCCACUGCUUUGAGAUACCUUUUGCAGGAUUCUCCCAGCUGGGACUAACCCCACAAACAACUUUUCUUCCAGUUUAUAAGGAAGAAACUCGGGUUGAUCUCAAAUCAUACCAGCCCUCAGUUUCAAGGAGUCGUCCCUAACUUAGAUGACCAGUCCUUUUCUCUGGUCACACUUCUUUUGCUAACUCACUUCUCCGCUUGACCUUUUUUUAUUGCCGAUAUUGAACAAAACCUCCUUGACCUCUUUCAUCCAAUACGCUUCAAGAACAUAUUAUUGAACCCCUAGAGUUCAAUUAGUCAUUGAACUAUCACAUAUGGCAUCUUCUUCAUGCAGUUCCAACUGGACUCCCAAGCAAAACAAACUGUUUGAAAAAGCCUUGGCUUUAUAUGAUAAGGACACCCAAGACCGUUGGCAAAAGGUUGCCAAUGUUGUAGGAAAAUCUCCGGAGGAAGUAAAAAGGCACUAUGAAAUCCUUGUUGAGGAUGUUAAAAGCAUUGAGCGAGGUCAAGUCCCAUAUCCCUACCGACCAACUGGACACAAUGGCUAAAACAUCAAUAUAAACAAAUUAAGCAGGUUACCAGCCCAAGCACUAGUGAAGAUGAAGUAACUUAAUUUUUCUACCAUGUGUAGAGAAGAUGAAAGCAUAAUCUGAGUACAUUCAUCUUAAUUACUCUAAGGAAGUUCUCUUGGGCAUCAUUAUCAGUCAACUUAAGUACAUUUUGAGUGCAAUUAGCCACAAACUAUGUAAUCCCUCAUCAAAUGGCUUAUGUAAUUGUGUUUGUUUGUUUGUUUGUUCCUACUUUUUUUCUUUCUUUCCCGAAGUAGAAGUCUAUGUAACGAUGUCAUCAUUUAAUAUAAAUGAACAAUUUGGGGGUUGAUAUUUUA